GAUGAGGAAGGGUGUCAAGGAUCCCAUUCGCUCGGGGAUCUCUUCGCUUCGAGGCCUCUCUUUGUGCCGGGCUGACCCGCUUGCUCUGGAUCCAUUCGGCCCCGCAGGAAUCCGGGCACGAGGGGCUGUGCCGGACGCUUGCAGGCCGCCUCGCGGCGGGUGAGAUCCCCUCCAGGACUGCGCGCCCGUUUCCUCGCAGGCGCGAUCCAAACCAGAAGCUCGAGGGCAUCGCAGAAGCUCUUGCCUGUGGGCGAUGGCCUCCAAAGUCUGCAUGUCGGCUCCCAUGUGCCUGAUCGAGAACAGGGGAAAGGAGUUCCGUGUUUGUCAAGAGGCCCUGCAGCUGCUCUCUGAAAUCCACCAGCCGGUGGUGGUGGUGGCCAUUGUGGGACUGUACCGCACGGGCAAGUCCUACCUCAUGAACAAGCUGGCUGGCAAGACCUCAGGUUUUCUGCUGGGCUCCACGGUGCAAGCCAGCACCAAGGGCAUCUGGAUGUGGUGCAUUCCCCACCCCAAGCAGCCCGGCCAGACCCUCGUCCUUCUGGAUACGGAGGGGCUCGGCGAUGUGGAAAAGGGCAACCCCCAGAAUGACACCUGGAUCUUUGCGCUGACCCUGCUCCUGAGCAGCACCCUGGUCUACAACAGCAUCGGCACCAUUGACCAGAAUGCCAUGAACCAGCUCCACUACGUGGCGGAGCUGACUGAGCUCAUCCAAGCAAAAGCCCCUUCCAUGGUGAACAAGGAACAACUGGACGACUCGGCUGAAUUUGUUUGCUUCUUCCCGAACUUCAUCUGGGCCUUGAGGGAUUUCACGCUGCUGCUCGAGCUGGAUGGACACCCCAUCACUGAAGAUGAAUAUCUGGAAAACGCCUUGAAAUUAAAGAAAGGAGACAGCCAGGACAUCAAGCUAUUCAACCUGCCACGCAAAUGCCUCCGGAUGUUCUUCCCCACCCGGAAAUGCUUCAUCUUUGAGCGCCCCACCUCCAGGAAGAACCUGCCUCGGCUGGGGGAGAUGAAGGAGAGCGAGCUGGACCCCGACUUUGUGGAACAAGCAGCCCAGUUCUGCAGUUACAUCUACGGCACGUCCAAGGCCAAGACCAUCCCCGGCGGGCACGUUCUCAAUGGCCGCUUGCUGGCGAUGCUGGCGGAGACCUACGUGGACACGCUCCGCAGUGGGAAAGUGCCUUGCAUAGAGAAUGCAGUGCUGGCCUUGGCUGAGAUCGAGAACUCGGCUGCGGUGGCCGAUGCUACGGCCCGCUACGUGGAGCUGAUGGAGCAAAGGCUGAAACUGCCCACAGAGACGCUGGAGGAGCUGCUAGAGAUCCAUGCCGGGUGCGAGGAGGAGGCCCUCCGGGUGUUCAUGGCUCGAGCCUUCAAAGACGACACACGCCAGUUCCAGGUCGAGCUCAAGCAAACCCUGGCGGAGAAGAAGGAGGACUACUGCUUUAAGAAUGAGGAGGCCUCUUCUGAACGCUGCUGGGCGCUGCUGAGGUCGCUGUCUCAGGAGCUGGAAGGCAACAUCAGAAAGGGAACGUACUCCCAGCCUGGCAGCCACGAGCGUUUCCUGAACGACCUGGACAAAGUGGAAGAAAGUUACCACCAGACACCUAACAAAGGAGUGAUGGCCAAGGCCGUUCUGCAGCAGUUCCUCCAGGGCAAGGAGAGCGUAGGCAAAUCCAUCCUGCUAAGCGACGAAGCCCUUGAGAAGAAAGAGAAGGACAUCGCAGAGGCAAAGGCACAGGCAAAGGCGGCAGAGCUCCAGCUGGAGCUGCAGAAGCAGCAGGAAGCUGUACUCCAAGAGAAGCUGCUAGAUGAGCAGCGGAGUCACAAUAUGCACAUCAAGGAGCUGCAGGAGAAGAUGGAGAGCGAAAGGAAGACGCUUUUGGAAGAGCAGCAGAAGAUGAUGGAUAGCAAACUCAGGGAGCAAGAGGCUUUCCUAAAGGAGGGAUUCCAGGAGGAAGCUGACCAGCUGCAGAAAGAGUUGAGGCAGCUGCAGAAAGAGAAUGAAGAGCGCAAGGCGCCGUCUUGGUUUGGCACUGCACUGGGGGCUAUAGUAGAUCUUGGAUCACUUUUGCUGCCAAGCAAGGGCCGCCGUCAUGUUAGGAAGUUAUCUGACAAAUUAAGGAAGUGGUAGAGACAGGAAUGUGUUUCUUGCCCUUCUUUUUCCCUGUACUGUCAAUGCUCACAACGCAGUAUUAUAUUAUCAUUAUUAUCAUUACCAUUAUUAUUAUUGUUGCUGGUGCUGCUACAUUUAUAAACAGACCAUUAGCCCAUAUAGCUCUGUGGGCAGUGUACAAUAUAAAACAUAGUAAAAACAUAUACAGUAACAGAGUGUACAUUUUCUUAUAGAGCUAACAUUUAAGAGACAUUCUCCACAUAAAUCUUCCUAAAAUUCAUUAAAUCAUAAUAAAAAACAAGUAUAAAUGGCUUAGGACAUACAUUACGGCUCUUAAAGAAAAGAAUAUAUGCAUGGAAUGUUUGCACACAUCCGAGCAUCUUCCUAGCACACAUUUUGGUUGAGAAGCUCUUGUUGAAGUGCCCACCCUCUUAUUUAAAGCCAUGCAGCUAAUGUCCUUGGCCUCUUCAACUUCUUCCUUUUUAGCUGGCUUAAAUUAGUCCUUAUAAUUUUCCACCUGACUUGCUAGCCUGAAGAAUCGCCCCUGCGGCUGCCUCUGAAGAUGGUCUGCACGUCACCUGAUUCAAAACCAAGCAGCGCGGUUAUUAACAAGGACUGGCCCUAAAGGUCCUAUCAGGCUAACUGCACUGGCCACCUGCUACUGCCCGGGCCCAAUUCAAAGCACUCACACUAACACAUAAAGCAUUAAACAGCUUGGGACCAGGAUGUCUAAAGGAAAACCUGUCUCCCUAUCUUCCUGCCAGACUGCUCAGAUGUUCAACCGGGGGGCCCCUUCCUGAAUCACCCCCCAAAUGAAGGGAGGGAGGAAUUAGCUAGAGAAAGGGCUUUCUCAUCUUUGGAACUCUCUUCCGAAAGAGGUGCCACUGGCACCCUCAUUACUCUGAUUUUGCUGCCAGGUAAAAGCUUUUUAUUUAUUGUUUUUAGAAUCAUGCUUUUAUUUGGUUUUUGCUGCUGGUUGUGUUGUUUCUUAUAUUGCUGUUUAUUAUCUUCCUGGUUUUGCAAUUUAUAUUAGUUGGAUUUGAUGUGAUUUUUAGAUGUCACUGUUUUAUUAUAUUUGCAUUAUGUUGUUGUUGUUUCUUGUAAGCUGCCCAGAGAGCCCUCAGGCUAUAGGGCAGCAAACAAACACAACAAAUAUAUAAAUACACACAGGAAGGGA